AUGACGUCCCAGAGUGGGAACCGUAGCCCACACUUCUACAUCUGGUGUGCGCGAAAAUCCUUUCUCAGUCGGGAGGAAGUAAAUAUUUAUCUAUUUCAAUCUAGCGUUCAACAAUGCGUGGCAAGAAGAGGGCUUGGACUUACUGCACAUAUUGUUGACCAUUGCAAAUUGAUUCUUAAGUUCCCUGAAGGCACUAACAGCACAUGGUACAAUGCACAGUUUAAGAUUUAUGAACCAUUGGAGUAUAAUUAUGAUGUCUGUGAAGCAAUUCUAUUGUGGGAACAGUACCGGAAUAUGACUACUGUGCUGACAAGAGAAUAUCUUGAUGCACGGCCUGAUGGAUGGUUGGAUUAUGCUGCAAUGAGAAUUGCACAAUUGGGAGCUGAUAAAUGUUACAAUCGGUCACUAUGUGAGGAACACCUUAAUUUGCUUCUACCAGCAAAGCCGCCCUUCCACCCCCGUCAAUUUCGCACAUGUGCUGUUGUUGGAAAUUCAGGAGAUCUCUUAAAGACGGAGUUCGGAGAGGAGAUUGAUAGUCACAAUGCUGUUAUACGAGACAAUGAGGCUCCUGUUAAUCAGAAAUAUGCUAAGCAUGUUGGCCUGAAGAGGGACUUCCGCCUUGUAGUUCGAGGUGCCGCUCGCAAUAUGGUCAAAAUUUUGAACGGGUCUGAUGACGAAGUGCUUAUAAUUAAAAGUGUGACCCAUAGAGACUUCAAUGACAUGAUAAAGAGCAUUCCAAAUCCUGUUUAUCUCUUCCAAGGAAUUGUGCUGCGCAGAGGUGCCAAAGGAACUGGAAUGAAGUCUAUAGAACUGGCAUUGUCCAUGUGUGAUAUUGUUGAUAUAUAUGGGUUUACAGUUGAUCCUGGCUACACUGAAUGGACACGAUAUUUCUCCACGCCAAGGAAAGGCCACAAUCCACUCCAAGGAAGAGCUUACUACCAACUGCUUGAGUGCCUUGGUGUUAUCAGAAUCCAUUCCCCAAUGAGAGCCAAAAGGAAACAAGACUGGUCUGAUGUGCCAAGCCCAGAGUAUAUUAAGAGAGCUCAUGAAGUUGCCUUGCACUUAAAGAGGGCUCAAGCUGGUAAGGCUGGUGAAUCUGGACAAUUUGGCAAUUGCAAGGUUUGGGGCAACGCAGAUCCUGACAGUGGACCAAUAUCAGGAUCUCCAGACAUGAGUGAAAUUCGGAAAAAUUCAAAUUACAAGAAAUGGGAGAUUAUGCCUUUUGAGAGUCUCAGGAAGGAAGCAAGGGAUCACUAUGUUCAAAUGGAAAGUGUAUCUUUGUACAAAAUGGAUGGUAAUAAAUUGGAUGAUCUUGUGUGCGUGAGACAUACUUCAAAAUCGAACUUGUAAUUUCUGCAGACACAUGAUUCUUGCUUUACUAGCCAUUUGAAGAAAGGAGUCAGUUUUUUUAUUGAGAAGAUUACCGGAAGAUGUAGCUCAAUUCAAUGUAGGAGGUGACACAGCUAUAGAUUUUGUUGUUAGGUUUUUGUUUAUUGUUUGAAAUGUAAAAUGCAACAAUAUAUAGCUUGCAUUCUUUUUUAAACUUUGUGAGGCCAGGUGAUAUUGAAUGUAAUGCCCUGUGCAGGGUUUUUGGGUCA